CCUCUCUCCCCUCCUCUUUAUCCCGGGCGUGUUCAUCGUCGUCCUGUCUUUGUCACUCUCUUCCUACCGCCCACUCGUUAUUCGCCAUGUCCCGCAUUGCUCAGUCUGCACUGCUAGCCACUGCGCUCUCGGCCCUCGCCCCGGGCGCGAGUGCUUUCUUCUUGCAAGGACUUGACUUCAUCGUCACCGAGCGCGCUGACCCCGUCGUUGAGCCGGGCAUUCAGUCGUCGCAUGUCCACUCGGUCAUUGGUGGCAGCAACUUCGACCUCAUCACGAACACCUCGUAUCUGCAGCAGAGCGAGUGCACCUCCGCGCAGAUCAAGGAGGACAAGUCGAACUACUGGUUCCCCCACUUGUACUUCCAAUGGGCGAACGGGACGUUCAGCAGUCUCACCGGUGGUGCUGUCACGUACGUCUACUACCUCUUCGGCGACGAGGCGGGCUCCGCGACUGCCUUCCCUGACAACUUCCGCAUGGUCUCUGGUGACCCCAUGCUGCGCACGUGGGACGAGUCGAGCAAGGCCCAGCAGGCCGUCUCCUUCAACUGCCUUGAUUUCGAGGGCACGUCGGUGACCUACAACUGGCUGCCCAGCGUCAACUGCCCCUCGGGUAUCCGCGCGCAGAUCAACUUCCCGAUGUGCUGGGACGGUAAGAACACCGACUCGGACGACCACAAGUCGCACGUCGCGUUUCCGUCGGGCGGCCCUGACUCUGGCACUUGCGACGACCCUGCGUUCCCAGUCACGCUCCCGCGCAUCUUCAUCGAGGUCUACUGGGCGUCGGGCGAUUGGGCGAGCAAGUGGGGCGAGGCGAUGAACACCACGCAGCCUUUCGUGUUUGCCAACGGUGACCCCACUGGGUUCGGAUACCACGCUGACUUCAUCAACGGCUGGGAGGACGACAAGCUGCAGAACCUCAUGGACCAGUGCGGUCAGUGCACCUCCCAGGCGUACGGCGGUAUUGACUGCUGCUACGACAAGGGUGUCGUCACCAAGAAUGAGGACGCCAACAACUGCAAGAUCGACUCGCACUUUGAUGAGCAGGUGACCGGCAACCUUGCCACGCUCCCCGGCAACAACCCUGUCACCUACGUGUCCGGCGCGCCCAUGGGCGCCGCCGCUAGCGCCAGCGCCCCGGCCUCCAGCGCCGCCGCCCCUGCUUCUUCCAGCACUGAGUCCGCUGCCCCCUCCGCCUCCGCGCCGGCAGGCAACGCGAACAUCGUCGUGCCGCACCGCGGGCACCACCACAACCGGCUCGCGCACACGCGUCGUGGCUCGUUCUAAGCGGUGACCUCUGUCAUUCGCUUGGGGUAGCCGCCAUCCUCCUUUGAUGCGUGGUCGCCCCAUGCCGUGUCGCCCACGCCAUCUUUAACUUAUCUUCGGUCCUUGUGCGGUGCUUUAUAGUAGGGAUGUGGUUUAGAUUAUAUAUUGUGGCGUGCGUGCCACUGGUGGUGCGCUGCCACGGCCGUGCUUAGCUACUCACGGAAUACAUGGUUGCUUCUGGCAUACGCCUGGCGAAAAGCUGUGAAGCGUA